AUGGCUUCAACGUCACCUUUUAACCUGGCCACUUGUGCCCGCCCUAAUAUCCUCCAAUUGCAGCCAUACCGAUGCGCACGAGAUGACUACAAAGAUGAUGGGACGAACGUGCUCCUCGACGCCAACGAGAAUGCCUUUGGCCCUGGUCUUGCGCUGAACAGCGAGGGCGCAUUGCAGGCCUCCCAGACCGGCAAUGCGACAGGAGCCUCCAAGCCCGAGAUCGACUUCCUGGGUUUGAACCGCUACCCCGAUCCUCACCAAAUUGAACUCAAGCAGCUGUUCUGCAACCUCCGAAACACCCACCACCACACCCCCAAGACCCUACUCCCCGAGCACAUGUUCUGCGGCGUCGGAUCCGACGAGGCCAUCGACGCCCUACUACGAUGCUUCUGCGUCCCAGGCAAAGACAAAAUCCUCACCUGUCCCCCAACCUACGGCAUGUACAGCGUGAGCGCGCAAGUCAACGACGUCGAGAUCGUCAAAGUCCCCCUCGACGCCUCGAACGGCUUCCACCUCCAACCAGAGAAAAUCAACGCAGCCCUCACAGCCGACCCAUCCAUCAAAUUAGCCUACAUCUGCUCCCCAGGAAACCCAACGGCAAAUCUCAUCCGCAAAGAAGACAUCCGCCAAGUCCUCGAGCACCCAACGUGGAACGGCGUCGUCGUCGUCGACGAAGCCUACAUCGACUUCGCGCCCGAAGGCUCCAGCCUCGCAGAAUGGGUCACCGAAUGGCCCAACCUAGUUGUAAUGCAAACCCUCAGCAAAGCCUUCGGACUGGCAGGUAUCCGCCUGGGCGUCGCCUACACCAGCCCAGAGAUUGCCCGCCUCCUCAACAGCCUCAAAGCCCCCUACAACAUCUCCAGCCCAACCAGCGCGCUCGCCUCGGCCGCCCUGACAGGCCCCAACAUGGCCGUUAUGCGCCACUACCGCGAGCAGAUCAUUGCCCAGCGCGACCGGCUCGUGCGCGAGUUACCCACUAUCCCUGGUGUGGGCCAGUUCCUUGGCGGGUAUGACGCCAACUUCUUGCUUGUGCAAAUUCUGGAUGGCGAGGGCCGACCGUGUAACGUGACUGCGUUGGCGGCGUAUGAAGCUAUGGCGGAGAAGCGUGGCGUCGUUGUGCGGUUCCGCGGUAAGGAGCUUGGGUGUGAGGGCUGUUUGCGCAUUACGGUUGGUACCGAGGCUGAGGUCUCGAAGUUCCUGCAGGAGUUGCGGGUUGUGCUUGGGGGGCUGCGUUAG